GAAAGGUUGGGGGCGAACUACGUUCGUGUGGUGUUUAGAGUGUGACGAUAAUCUGUGGACAACUGUGACGCUAUACGGUGGACAAUCCACGGUGGUAGGCCACCGAGGUGAGAUGUGUUUGCCCGUGGGGGCGGCGCGCGGUGUGGAGCGAACAUUUCUGGACGAUUCCCGCGCGAUGAGACUUCUGCUGCCGUGCAGGACGGACGUUCGAUCUUGAACGACUGAACAAUAGUGGACUUCUGGUGUUUGGCGAUGUUCUACGGUGGACGGGGUGCUGAGUGAACGUUUCACGGCGGCACAGUCAGUGGACGCAGGAGUCCGAGGAGCGACUCCACAGGACGCCAUGAUGAGGGAGGACCACGAGCCGGAGACGGCCGCCAGUGCGCCGGCCUGCGUCCGCCCGCGCCCCCCGGCCGUCCGCUCGGCCUCUGCUCCGUCGCCGUGCUCCACCGAGCCGGUCUCAGUCGCCGCCAUGCUGGCAGAGCUGGGGGACGCCUCCUCUCCGCUGCUGGAGCCGCUCGACUGGCCCGCCCUGGUGGCCCUCGGAGCCGGCCCUAGCCCGACGCCCGCCGAGUCUCCUGGAGCAGAGGAGCCCUGGAACCCUCACCUGGAGCGAUGGCAAGAGAAGCUGCGUCAGCGCGGCCUCGAGAGGUGGAAGGAGAAACUGAGGGCCAAGCGUGCACAGGAUGAGGAGCGCCAGUCGUGGGGCCGCCUGGAGCGGCUGGUGCAGCGUCUGAGUCCCGUUCAGCGGCCGGCGGAGCUGGCGCAGCUCGGCAGCGGUGUGGAGCUCGAGGAGCUGGCUGAGCUGUCGGAGCUCGACGGGAGGGAGUCGCCGCUCCAGUGGCAGGAGGCUGGUGGAGGACGGGAGUCGUCGCUGGAGAACGGAUCCACGCACGACUAUGCCGAGAUUGAGUCGAGCAAUGAAAGAGAGACGACGGGUACGCAGAAGGCAACUGCCGAGCGUGAGAUGACAGCUGGUAAUACUCCGUCUACAAGCGGGGCUGUAGUGUCAUCAAAGACAACCAAAAGUGCACUGAAGCAUGCCACAGUUACGGAUGCUGCACCUACGAUCACAACAAGUGGACCAAGAGGAGGUGACUGUCAAGACUCCACGGAGGGGGCGCGGCGAGUGAGGACGCGCCGCCGUCGAAAGCGCCGCCUGGUCCGCUCGGAGUCAGCGCCGCUGGCGGUGGCGGUCGACUUCUGGUCGGACGGCGGCGGAAUGACGCCUGACGAGGGUGUCUGUCUGUGCGCCGGCUGUGGGGACGUAUCUCCCACGAUCACUCGCGCUGCAGCCCUGUGCCGCUCCUCAGCGCCGUCCCUGAGGCUGCGCUGCGGCGACGGCGGCGCUCCCCGGCUGCGGCUUGGUACGACAGGAGAGAACGGUGCUGUUUUGAGAAACAGACCGACGCACGGAGCUCCGCAGCAGCCACAGCGCGGAGCUAGUCACCCGAACCUCUGGCAGAGACCGAAAUCACCCGACGCCGGCGAGCGCAGCUUUGACAAGUACCGCAUCAAGGACCCGAAACAGGGCUUCAGCGCGUGGGCGCAGCGCCACCUGGAUCUGAUCGAGGAGGCGCACAGCGCGCGUCCAGAGGGCGCCACCUCGCUGCCUCGGCCCGUGUCGCGUCGGCGGGAGGCACGCCACCUCCGCGCGCGCGCCCGCCGCUCGUACCCGUCCGCUGAGCUCGACAGCGACGAGGAGCCAGAGCCGGUGGGUCGAACGGCGCCCCUCUCAGCGCGCCGCAGCGCCAGCGUCGACUCCGGCACCUGCACGAGCCCGGCGACGUCGACUGCCCCUCUGGACUCGGCCGCUCGCGCCGUGUCCUCCCAGCCGCAGGGACGAGUGGUGCGCAGUCAGAGUGUCGACUCGUGUCGCUGUGAGAGUCCCCUGAGCUCUGGAUCGGCGCCGGUACGCCGGGCUCCGCGCCGCCGGCCACUGCGCCCCCGCAGCGUCGAGCUACCGCCGGGCCGCUCCGCGGGGGUGUCGGCGGCGACGGGCCGAUCGCGGGUGCCGCUGGCGGCUGGCCGGGACGCCUGGCUGCUGGUAGGGCCCGGCAGGGGCCGACUGUCGGCCUAUUUUAUCCGAGACACCGGAGUGAUCAUGGGCGGAGGCCGGGCAGAGCCGCCGCCGACGGCAGCGGCGGCCAGGAGUGGAGAGGAGGCGGCGGCACUGGCGGCGCACUUGAGCCGAGCUCUGGCGCUGGUGCCGGACACCCAUCCGGACACCCAUCCGGACACUCAUCUGGACAAUCACCCUGAUACCAAUCCGGACACUAAUCUGGAGACUCAUCCGGACACACAGGACACCAAGGAGGACAAUGCUGCGGACACGCAGCCUGCCGCCGCCGAGGACACGGAUAGCGAUGUUGUCGGCAGAAGAACGUCUUCCAACACGUCCACCCUCUCAUCCACAAACCUGCGGCCGGACGAGCUCUCCGACUUCCUGCGACGCGUGGAGACGAGCAUUCUGAGCGGUCCCGAUCACGGCUCCGACUACGGCUCCGUCCCCGGAUCCGGAAACAACUCGGCUUCCGGAUCCGCCAACGGCUCCGCCUCGAGAUCCGGCCACGGCUCGACUACAGGAUCCGCCAAAGGAUCUGUCAACGGCUGCGGAUCUGGAUCCGUGUCCUCCCAGGAUUCGGCCGCUGGAUCUGUCACAGGAUCCGCCGCCGGAUCCGCUCCUGGAUCCGCUCCAGGAUCAGCUCCCGGAUCUACAUCGGGAUCUGUUCCCCGCAAGACCCCGAAGUCUCUUACCUGCAGCUCGGACACUUGCUCUGCUAUAGGCUCUGAGAGCAUUCCUGAGCCUGACUCUAUUUCUAAGCCCGAUGCAAGUAAACAAGUAGCUCCUUGCGAUCCUGACACUGAGAGCUGCGCGAUCGCCUCCUCUGACCAGACUGACCAGGUCAACGGGACUGGAGCUGACCCCUCUCCAAGCCCAACCGACGGCCCUACGCCCCAGGACGAUCAAGCCCCUGCUGAGGUCUCCACAGCCGACAUGGAGGCUGACCCCACAGCUGAAGGACCCCGCACGGUGGCGACUCAGACGAGCCCCGCCUCCUCGGUGGCCUCCUCGUGGUCGGACCUGAGCGAGCGCACGGCGGCCGACGGCGCCGACAGCGGGGCCGAGCGGCGCCCCUGGCCCGGCCCCGUGCCGCCGGCCACACGCGAGGCCACCACAUCGAUGUCGCGCCGGCCGGCGAUGCGGAUGCUGCGUGCGCGCUCGGAGGAGCCCAGCGGGCCGACGGCCGGCGCGGCGGCGUCCACCUCCUGGCAGUGGCAGAGCGCCGAACAGAUGCACCGGCUCGCCGAGCAGGCCGAGCCGGUGGCCGGGCCGUACCCGAGCCGCCGACCGGCGCGGCCCAUGCAGCUGCAGCUGGGGGAGGCUGGGAGCCGGCCGCGGCAGCGCGCCGCCGGCCGCCGUCCGCCCUCCCCGGCUGUGUCACCUCUCAGCACGCCAGGAGACGAGCGGCCGCCCACGGAAGACAAGCCUCCGCGACACGCCGCUGGGCGGCAGCAGCAGCGCCGCCGCAGUUCGCACCUCUACCUGGAGAGGGCAGCACGGAUGUCGUGCUCGGAGCCGACCCUGGACAAACCGAACGGCAGGCCACAGAUGGCGCUGCAGGCAGACUUCAACAAGUUUCAGGGCGGCUCGAGUGCCACUCGCUCCUACUCUGCCAAACAACUCGCAGAAUGGGAGGCUCUCGAGGCAUGUCGCUGGCUCCGCGAUGCCGGCUUUCCGCAGUACGCCCAGAUGUAUGAAGAGUGCCGCUGCCCGAUAGACCUGCGCUCGGUGCAGAGCGAUCACCCCUCUCUGGAUCUGGACAGUCGGCAUGCGCUCUUCAAGAGGAUCAACACAGUGAACAGGGCCACCAAUAUGAAACUGGAGGGAGUCGUCCGACGUGUGGGUGAGGAGAGUGACGACGAUGAGUCGCGCGCCAUCAGUGAGAACUGGUCGUACCUGCGCCACUCGCAGCGCUGGCGGCGUCACCAGGCGGUGCCGCCGGCGCCGGCCGCCGCCAGCCCUCCCAGCGCCAGCUCCAACAGCACCCUGAACUCGGACUCCAGCGUCGGCGGCACGGCGCCGGAGCGGCGCAGCGGCCGAGAGCGGCUCCAGGACGGCAUCCUCCGCCGGAUGGAGAGCCUCCGCGCGCGCAGGAAACGCGCUCAGAAGGCGCCGCGCGACGACUCGUCGUCGUACUUCUCUGCGUCGGACGCCAGUGGCUCGCCGCGGACGGCGCGGCCGGCCCGGGACGACAGCGGCGCCCUCUCGGACGGUGAACACUCGCCGCCGCUGUUCCGAGCGCUCGCCACGCCCGGAAAACCGGCCAAAGAUGCCAACAGUAACGUGUGCAACGGCUCGGAUACCGUGGAUUUUCUGCAGACGAGCUCGCCGAAGCUGAGCAGACACAGAGGUGGCAGUCUGAGGGUCGGAUCGUCUCACGGAGCCGGAUGGAGGUCUAGCAGUCUGAACAUGGGCAAGGAGAGCCAGGGCUACCGCAGGAAGCUGCAGAGUAAGCUGAAGCGCAAGGAGUCUAUGGAGCGGCCUCUGCCGCCGCAGUGCCCCCCGCCUCAGACGCCCGAGCGGCACCGGGUCAGCACCUACGACAACACGCCGAUCGUCGUCUACAACCGGGUCUACGUCGAUGACGACGCCCCGGGCACGCCGCCCAGCCCGGGCGUGCGCGACGCGCGCGCCAACUCGAGUCCGCAGAUCCAGACGGUAGAGCCUCGCGGCCGCUCGGGCAGCUGUGAUACCAGUGUGAGCCACAGCUCCGAGGGAUCGCUGCCAUCCACCGCCGGCUCGGACCAGGAGCAGAAACCGCGCAGCACAAACGUGGUGCGCUGGCACAGUUUCCACCGGAGCGGCAGCGGUCUGCUAACCACGCGGCCGGCGCCGGCACCCAUCUGUCCCACCCACAUCUCCCGGCUGUCCUCCGGGCAGAUCGCCCUGCUGAAGAAACACGCCCUCCUCAGGAUCACGGCGACCAUGGAGCGUCACUGUCCGUCCAAGUCCUCCAACUGGAACUGGGACAUCCCCAAGUUCAUGCGCAAGUUCCGCGUGCCCGACUACCGGGACCGGCGGGUGUUUGGUGUUCCUCUGACGGUGACGGCUCGCCGCAGCGGCCACCCGCUGCCACCGACCAUCGUCGCCGCCAUGGACUACCUGCGCAAAAACGCCCUCGAUCAGGUGGGCCUGUUCCGCAAGUCUGGCGUGCGCUCGCGGAUCCAGAAGGUCCGUGAGAUGUGCGAGGCUGCCGACGGCGACGAACCGCUGCCGUUUGACGAUCACCAGGCGUACGACGUGGCCGACAUGAUCAAACAGUACUUCAGAGAGCUUCCCGAGGUGCUGCUCACGCACAAGAUCUCCGAGAUCCUGAUCGCCAUCUAUCAGUACGUUCCGUCCGGGCUGCGGCUGGAGGCCACCAAGUGCGCCCUGCUGCUGAUGCCGGACGAGUCGCGGCUGGCUCUCCAGACCUUGCUGGCCUUCCUCUCGGACGUGGCCGCCGCAUCCUACGUCAACCAGAUGACGGCGCACAACCUGGCCGUCUGCCUGGCGCCCUCCGUGUUCUCCGUCACCUCACAGCGCUCCGCGUCCGCCUCGCCGCGCCGCACGCGCCGCGCUGGGGUGCCCGACCAGCGCGAGCUCAACGAGAACCGCGCCGCGCACGAGUGUCUGGCCGCGCUCAUCCGACAGUCGGAGGCGCUGUUCUGCCUGCCCGAGGACCUGCUGUCCGGCUGCCGGUUCUCCUACCUGGACGUGUCGCAGCCGGUGGCGCUGCCGGCGCUGGGCACCGAGGAGCAGCCGGGCAGCUGGCGCGCCUACACAGACGCCUGCUGCGCCGCCCUGCUGCGGGAGGCGCGCGACCGGCCCCGCGGCUGGGUGACGGUCGCAGCCGACGACCCGGGCCUCGACCUGGCCUACCGUAAGGUCGGGGACGGCCACCAGCUGCGGCUGUGGCGCGCCGGGGUCGAGCUGGAGGCGCCGCCUGCCGAGGUGCUGCACCGCCUGCUGCGCCAGAGGCACGCCUAUGACCUGCGGCUGGUCAAGUGGCGCGUGGUGGAGCGGCUGGCGGCGGACGCCGAGGUGUUCCAGUACGCCGUGUCAGCCGUCGAGCCGCUGCCCGUUACAGAAUACUGCGUGCUGCGCGCCUGGCGCUCGGACCUGCCGCGCGGCGCCUGCGCCGUCGUCGAGACGUCUGUGGAGCACCCAGACUCCCCGGUCCAGCCCGGCGGCCGGCGCGGUGUGGUGCUCGCCUCCCGGUACCUGAUUGAGCCGUGCGGCGCCGGAAAGUCGCGUGUCACCCACUUCUCCCGCGCCGACCACAGGGGCUGCUCCCCAGAGUGGUACAACAAGGUGUAUGGCCACCUGUGUGGUCUGCAGCUGACCAGCCUGCGAGAGUCCUUCAGACACGUCGCAGAGGGACCCGAGAGCCAGGUGUAGGAAGUCAGAAUACCACAGAGGGACCCCAGAGACAAGGGUGAACGAGUCAGAAUACCGCCGAGGAACCCGGGAGCCGGUGUAAGGAGUCGGUGACUCCUCCGCUGGAACGGGAGUCGAUCCAAGAGUCACUGCCUGCCAACCAUGGACCGGGACGAGUCCGUCUCCAGUACCAGGUGCACCAGAUAAAUACAAGCGGAGAGAGAAAGAGGCAUGGGAGCGGGCAGUGCCCUGUCGAGUCGUGGGGCGUGUGCCACUGCGUGGAGACGGUCCAACGCUGACGGACUGUGAUUCUGAUCCGCUGGGGCCGUUUUCUGCCUCCGUGGCAGCUGAGCGGUCGAGCCCUGCAUUGCAAUUUACAGAGACCAGCCGUCAGGGCCGUGUCAGUGUCGCAGCGACUGUCGGCUGAACUGACUGUCACAUGGCGUGUCACGGACUGCACUUUCAUUGACAGUCGAACACGUGUCACUGACACAUCAGAGGCGUUAGAGUGGAGGCCGUGCGCUACCCUUAUCGCUACUGCAGUGUCUGCUUCUUUCCGUAAGGCCCGAGUCCCGUGCCCGGAGGAGUGAGCCUGAGCUGGGCGGAUUCGGCACUGGCGGACACUGCCCAAAGUGGUGCCCAAAGUGGUGCCGCGAUCGGUGCCCACGGUGGUGCGGUUGGUGCCGGGGCUGGUGCGGUGGGCUGUGUGUGUCCGGUAUCCGGACGAGGGCCCGGGUCGGGACCCGGUUCCGUUUAGCCGCGGCUGUUUGGCCCAUUGGCUCUCCCUGGGGCCGGUCGGCCCGGGGCCGGGCCGUUUCAGCGUGUAUCAGCCGCCGGAGGAUCGAUUCGUGCUAUUGUAUGCUAUUCUGGCGUCUGUAUUGUACUGUGUUGUGUUGCGUGUGGUGUCCAGGUUGGGGCCCGAACGGCUCGUCAGCGAGGGCUGGCCACGGCACCGAUACACAUUCCAUAUGGCCUCUGCCGGUCACAAGAUCUUAUCGCGCUAGAGUAUUAACUAGUCCAAUGUGAAUUGUUGCUGUUCGCUGGGAGGUGCCGAGUGUGUAUUGUGAUGUGUCAUGUUUAUGUAUCAUACCGAACUGUAACUUGGCACUGGCUACUGUGGUACUAUGGUAGGGGCUACCCAAUACAUAUGAUGUUCAUG